CUGUGGUUGAUAUUUUCUCUAGCCGACAAGGUUCUCGAUGACAAUUCAAACAAGUGUUUCAUCUGCUCCUGCCAAUAACACAAAUGAUUUCAGUAUCAGAAUGCGUUUCAAAGUUGGUCUUUUCUCUCAACUCCCAACUCCUGCAAAUGGUGCCAGUUUACCAUUCAGAAUGGAGGCAUUGUUGACUCCAAGGAUUACUGUCAAUCUCUCCAUGAUCGUGUCUUCAAACUGUCCGAUCCAAAAUGAUGCAGUUACUUUUGUAAGGUGUCCAUCGAUAGUGGAUUAUGGUGGUUUUUACGAAUAUUCCGUGGAUUUCUUCAUAAGUAGACCCAUUGGAGAUUAUACGGUGAGUCAUAUAACAGGAUAAAACACGUAUUAUUCGAGUAACUUAUCUAAUGUCCGUUAAUUCUAUGGACCGCCAUCAACUUAUCAGUCAAAUUUCGAUCACCGAUCUUCUCAUCCUGGCUCUUGAAUAAACUAAUUAAUCUUUUCUCCUCGGAUUGUUUUUCACGCGUCUUCUGACCCUGUC